AUGGAAAACAUUCUUCUUUUUGCCGAUUUUAAAGCCAAUCCCAGCCGCCCAGCUCAGGGAGUAGUAAUUGAUAGUUAUAUGAAUUCCCAAACUGGCUCCCGAAUAAAUGAGCUAUUGGUUCAAGACGGCCAAUUAAAAGAAAAUGACAUCAUUUUUCUCAAUGGAAAAUUUAGUAAAGUAAAAAUGAUGCUUAGUAUUCAUGGCAAAAGUGAAAAAAUUGCUGUUGUCUGUCCGAGUGAUAUAGCACGGGUUAUUGGCUUGAAUAUUCAGGCUGAAUUAGGAGACAGAUUUUUGGUAAUAAAUAAUGAAAAAACCAUCGUCAGUAUAGAGAAUGAAUUAGCCAAUUAUUGGGAAAAAAAGAAGAAAUCAAUCAUUCCUCCCCCCAGCGAGAAAAAAAACGUUAAUUUAGUUCUGAUGGCUGAUAGUCAAAACAGCCUGGAAGCACUUAUUGAAUUAAUAAAAAAAAAAACUAUCCCUAAUUUCAAUUUUUCAAUCAUUUAUACCACCGUUGGAAAUUUAAAUAGUUUUGCCCUUGAUUUAACCAAAAUUACUAGUAGUGUAGUUCUAACGUUUGGCUGCCAUCUCUCCCAAACUCAUAUAAUAAAAACUUUGAAAGAAAAUAGCAUCCCUUUUUUUAGCAGCAAAAUUAUAUAUGAAAUUGGCGAGAAAUUAGAUGAGAUUAUUAAUAAUCAGCAAGAGGUAGAGGAAGUAGAAGAAAUAGUAGGAACAGCGGUAGUAAAAGUAGUUUUUGAAUUUUCCAAAGGCAACAUUGCUGGUUGCCAAGUAGUUAGUGGUAAAAUUAGCCGUAAUAAACGCGUUUGCGUCCUUCGAGGCAAGGAAGAAAAUAAAGUUUUUGUCGGUGAAAUUAAAAGUUUAGAAAGUAACAAGAUAGAAAAAAACGAAAUCAGCAGCGGCCAAGAAUGUGGAAUUGUCUUAAAAGGAUUUGACAAAUUUCAAGAAGGUGAUAAAAUAGUAGCUUUUCAGCUAGUGAAAAAAAAUGUUGUUUAA